AUGCCAGUUAAGGACUACGGAAUCUGGAAGGCGGUCCCCGUCAAAUACGACUUUGAAUAUCACUACGAGGACCCUGACUCCCCGCACCUGUCGCUGUACUACCAUGACAACCCCACCGAGGAGCCCGAGUUUGACAGCGCCUUUCGACGCAGGUACCGAGGCCACCCUCCAAACAGGAACAGACCUAUGGAGAUUCCCGGCCUCUUUCGCGCCGCAAUCAACAUCAAAUCGACCGAUCGAGAGUCCUGCCUCGCGUACUGGGUCGAUCACGACAUGGGCGACCAUCCUAUUGUUCCGAGGCUGAGCCGCUUGGACUUUGGGUUCCAUCCGAUCGACGAAGCACCGGGGUUCGGUCGUCGAGGACUCGACUAUAUUCGGGGUAGCCUCUUUAAUACCCAGAGCGGGCGUGUCCUUCCCCAUGACAUUCCCGGUCAGAACAAUGAUAUCAUUGAUGUCCUGGAGCCCGAGGUGAAGAAAGCGAUUGAUGAAAAGGCAAACAUCUAUCUCUUCGGGUCCAUGUUUGAUACAAACGACGGAAUCCACAACGUCCACAUGAACCAGGGCAAUAUUCGGAAAUUCAAGAAGGAUGACGGAGUGUAUCGUGAUGGAGGACUUCUGAUUGAGUACGAUGAUCACUGGACUGGCGUUUUCCUCGCAUUUGCAUCGCAGGCUAUACACACCGACGACAUUACUGGCCAUGCAAUCAGUGUCGACCCUCUGACCUGGGGAGAGUUCCUUCAAUCAGGGGGGGGGAGGAGGGCACAUGGUGCUGUACUGUGA